AUGAGGCAGUGGGAAAGAAACCUUUCAGUUUGCCAGACCCGAUCAGCAAAAACCAUUUCCAAAUUGGCGUACCAUAAGGGGGUGGUGAUCGUGACAUGUCCCGGCUGCGGGAACCACCACGUCAUGGCCGAUAACCUGGGAUGGUUUUCAGACCUGGAGGGGAAGAGGAAUAUCGAGGAAAUCCUGGCAGCCAAAGGGGAGAAGGUGAGACGUGUGGCAGGUGAGGAAGCCUUGGAACUGCUUCUGGAGAGCUCGGCAGAUACAGGAUCUCAAGGUCAGUCCACAGAGGGAGAAAGCGGGGAAGCCCCCCCAGAGACUGACGGCAAGAGGCAGACGUGA